AUGGUGCAGUGUUCAGGCUCUCCACUCUUGCUUCCCAACGGCCGCAGGCGCGGCCGGAACCAAUCUUUCGCGCAGAAACAGGCUGCGGUCACUGAUUGGAAAGUGAAGAUCGGCGCCAGCCAGGCCUCACCGGCUUCAGAGCCUUCCGUGCACUUGGCCCAGCAGAAGGACACGGGCAAGCGCGGGAACGUUGGUGUCAAGUUGUUCUUGAACAAGAACGACUUGGUGGAUUGGCUGGUGAACAAGGUGGCUCCCUUGCAGUCGGAUGCUCCAAUGUCUAUCGGCUUGAAGGAAUGCAAUCCGGUCACGCUGCUUCCCUCCGUGGGGACUUCGUUGGAUUCCAAGCCCUUGGACCUGCCACAUGAGCGAAGUGGCGGCAAGUUCCUGUGCCUGAACAAGGAGCCCACGACCUUUCAGCUCAAGAUCCGCAAGGACGCUGCGAGUUUGAAGUCGUCCAAGGCCCCGGCGAAGCUGCUACCAACACCUGCCAUCCUGGGCGUUGAAAGCGGUUUCUGGGGCGUGGACUGA